AUUAUCUUAAUAUAAUGUGCAAUAUUAAAAUAUUUCUAGUCAUUGUUGAAUAUAUGAUUGAAUCAGUAUGCUGAAAGUAUUAAAUUGUGCUAAACACAGCAAUUUGAAAUAUUCGUCCUUAAUCAAUAAACCAACUUCGUCUGAAGCUUUAUCAUGUUACUUGAAACAAUGCCGAGAGCCGCCUUGGACUUCAUAUUUCAUAAAAUACAAAGAUGUUAACGAUGACCAAUGGGGUAUGUCAAAUUUCAACUGGACAUUAGAAAGUGGAACAAACUAUCAAAUUUUAAGAACUGGUUGUUACCCAUAUAUGAAAUAUCACUGCACUAAAAGAGCUUAUGAGGAUUUACAUUUGCAAGACAUUUUCUUUAAAGCAAUCAAGGUUACAAACUUAGGUAUACCGUGUUUGCUAUAUGGCUUGGCUGCAAUAUUUCUAAUACGGCACGAAGAAAUAGUAUACACCCCAAGAGGUAAUGUACCAAUAUACUUCUUGUAUGCUGAAGACAAAGGAUCUUUAUACUAA